CCACCACAAAUUCACCCGUUAUUUUGUUUCUCUAUUCACUCACCACCACCGCGUCCAACAGACCAAAUUUCAGAGACCAUAAAAUAAAAAACUCUUGUUCUUUGUUGAUCAGCUGGUGAACCUUUUACUAAAACUUAGGAAAAAAAACCUCCAUUGUUUAACUGAAACAAUACGGUUUUGACCUCUACGUUGCUGACUCAUCCAUAUUCCAUCCAAUCCCAAUCUGUUUCUCGUUCCCAAAAAGCUUCCGACCUUUUCUGACGUGGCACGAAUAAUGUCAACCACAUAGGCAAUUGUUAUCUGCCAUGUCAAUCACUAUCUCUCUUGAUAUUAUGAAUGCAUUUCCCACUCCCGCCUUUAAAACCCCACACUAACCUCCUUCACAAACCUCACUUGUCUCUUUUUGUACUCUCCAAAACUCUUGGUACUCUUAAGCAUUCAACAUCUUUUCUUUUUUUUUUUUCUUUUAAUCCUUUAGAUAGAUUGGGAUCGAAGAUAAGGGAGUGUUAAUUUGGAUAGAGGCCAUGGAAAUUCCGGUUAUCAACAGAAUAAGCGACUUUGAAGCGGGCAUAAGCUCUCUAAACAACCCAUCUUUCCUUUCCCAAGUUUAUGUGCUUUCCGGGAUUGAGAAAAUCUACGAAGCCUGUAGUUUUUGGAAGUGGGGAGCUCUGAUUCUUGUCCUAGUAGCCUCAUUAUCUACCAUAAUCAAUAGACUUAAGAUUUUGAUCAUCAGAUUCCGGCGACACCAUUCUUUACCAUCCCAAACUCUUCUUUAUGACACAGAUAUCGACACUGAUACAGAUUCUUCCUGCUCGUCAUCGGACGACAAACGGGAAUAUGAGAAGCCGUCGACUUCUCAGAACUGGCGACAAGUUGAUGAGGAUUUUCGAGUUAGAGGCUCGGGUCAUCUUAUCGACGACCAGUGGCAAAACAGUAAUUUCACCCUUCGAAAGAGAAGAAGUAGCGUCGGGGAUUUGUUUUCUUGGGCUGAGGAGCUAACCACCGGAAAAAGCGUUGUGAAGCUAUGGGACAACCUAGGGUUAGGGCUCGGUUUGGACCUCGAUGAAAGCGACAAAGUUUUGAACGUGUACGACAUUAACAAAGGAACAAACAUCAUGUCAAUUUUUGGCGGAAAGAGCGAUUUUCAGGCAGUUUCAGCACCCUCCUCGUCGCCCGCAGUUAUCGUAUCCGCUGGCGCUGACUCGUCAUCUCGACAAGUCGCUGUCAGCGCAUGGGACACGCGCCUUCAUUGUAGGUUACCGGCUAUUCUAGCAGAAUGGAGACCCAAAAAUUCUGUGGAGAAAAUUGCAGCGGUCAAUGCCGGCGGCGUAGAGAAGGUUUACAUCAGGGAUGACGUCAUGGGGAAGUUGACGAUAGGUGAUAUGAGGAAGGUGAGCUCGUCGUCAAGGAACUUAACGGAAUCUGACGUGGACACAUGGUGGGAUGUUGACGCCGUCAUCGUCUCGGAAGAAUCGGUUGCCGAUUCAAUGUGACUGAUUACGCGCUUAUUUAGAAAUAAUAAGACUUGAAUAAAUGUGAAAAAUUGUAGGGGGUGGAAGGGCACCUCUGUAAAUGUUCAUUUGUCCUGCUUAAUUCAUGAGUAGCAAUAUUUGUUACUAUUAUUUUUUUUUGUUUUGGUGGGGGUUGUAGCUAGGUGAUUGCGUAUCUUGUGAUUAGCAUAGCCACUUGCUUGGAAUUGGAUAAAUUCUCAAUUCUCACCUCUCAAAACAAUGGACGUAUGGGGAUUAUUUGAUUCGGUUAGGAAUGGAAAUCUUUCAAGUAAACCUGGCGAAACAAGCAUAACCUCUCUUCGGGAACAAGUCAUGUGUAUAUCAUAAGCAAACGUUUUCAACAGUUUUAUUUUUCCUUUUAACAAUAUAGGGUAUGUUUCCGAGUGAUUCU